ACUCCCUGUAAUAUAGAUUCAAUAUAUGCUUAUAAAAUAUACAUUUAUAUAUUAUAAUAAAAAAUUUUGAUAUUCACUCCGAAAUUGGCCGCCGCUGUCGGUUGCCGCGCCAUGCCAAGACAGGUGGAGGACCAGAAUAAAUCAGCGCUCGCGACGACAGCUGCAAUUCCACACACAUGUAAAGCGUAGAAAUCGUCGCGCAAGGAAACGAUCGUCGGGAGCCACUGGUGUGGCCUGGCGCACGAUGCGAUGGUGACGCGAGACGAAGAACCAUCGUAAGACCCAACCCCGAGUCGAUCGACCGCGGCAUCGCAGCGCUGCAUAGAUCCGUGGCAACGAGCAGCAGCGGCGCAGCUGCUCAGCUGGCAUGCAGCGGGCCUCGUUGCGUCCUCGUUCGGCCGACCGCGGAUGUUGUCGUUGUUGUCGCUGCAGCGAUGCCGCCGCCGACUCUCGCCCGGCCGUCGCGUCGUCGUCGUUGGCUCACGAGAUCCUCGCCGCCGCCGCCGCCGCCCCCGACGGUGACGAGUCCUGCUGCUCCGUGUCCGAGGACUACCUGCCUCGUUUUUUGCCUCGCGAUGAUUCUGAUGCUGCACGCCGAGUCGGUGAGCGCGGCCGCAGCCGUGCCAGCCAUGAGAUACGCCUCAAGAAUCGUCGACACCAAGUCCGGACAGAUUCGUGGCAUUUUGCAGGAUCUGAACAGCCAACACUUGGAUCCGGUGGAGGUGUUCCGCGGCAUACCGUACGCGGCCGCUCCUCAGGGAGAUCUGAGGUUCCGUCCGCCUCAGCCGCCCCAGGGCUGGAAGGGCACCAAGCGCGCCGACACCUUCGGCCCGGCCUGUCCGCAGAAGCUGCCCGACAUCUCCAAUCGCACGGCGGCCCUGCAGGACAUGCCGCUGGCCCGCUACAAUCAGCUGCUCAGGCUCUUCAAGUACGUCUCGAAUCACAGCGAGGACUGCCUCUAUCUCAAUCUGUACAUACCAGGAAGCGGUGCACGAGGACUCGAGGCGCCCUACGCCGUAAUGGUUUUCAUUCACGGUGAAAGCUUCGAGUGGGGCAGCGGCCACAUUUACGACGGCUCGGUACUAGCCAGCGCCGGACACGUCAUUGUCAUUACCCUGAAUUACCGUCUUGGGAUCUUGGGUUUUCUGCGCACCAAGCCUCUGACGGAAUCGGCCGAAUCGGCGCACAGUGGAAAUCUGGCCCUGCACGACAUCGCCAUGGCGCUCACGUGGAUACGCGAGAACAUCGGCUCGUUCGGCGGCGACCCGACUAGAGUCACCCUGAUGGGCCACGACACCGGGGCAGCUCUGGUCAACUAUUUGCUGCUGGCUCCAUUCGGAAAAGGUCUAUUUCACAACGUCGUGUUGCUGAGCGGCUCGGCGUUGAGUCCCUGGGCGGCGGUGCACGAUCCGAACGAUCUGCGGGAACAGGUCGCCAAGCAGCUCGACUGUCGCUCCACCGACGAGGACAUAGCCGAGUGCCUGCGACAGGUCAGCCUCGAAGCCCUCCUCGGGGUCGAGCUCACCGAAAUUAAAUUCAUGCCGGCGAUCGGACCGAGCCUGCCGAUCGACGGCAGCCACCCGGACCCGAGCCUCGACAUGGAGCGGCUGAGCGACGCCUUCAUCAAGGUGCCCAUCGUCCUCGGCGUCUGCACGGCCGAGUCCUACCUGGACUUCAACGCCAACGACAUACAAUACGGCUUCGAGGAGGACCAGCGCAAUCGCGUGCUGCGCACCUUCGUGCGCAACGCCUACUUCUAUCAUCUCAACGAGAUAUUCAGCGCGGUGCGCAACGAGUACACGGACUGGGACAAGCCGGUGCUGCACCCGAUCAACAUACGCGAGUCCACCAUGGAGGCGCUGAGCGACGGCCACACCGUGGCCCCGCUGAUGAAGAUCGCCUUCUAUCACGCGCGGCGCGGCGCCCAGACCUACUUCUUUCACUUCAACUACCAGAGCAAGGAUAGCGAGUAUCCGCAGCGAUUGGGCAGUGUACGGGGCGAGUCGCUGCCCUACAUACUCGGCCUGCCGCUGACUCUGGGCGGUCGCUUCUUCCCGCAGAACUUCUCGCGCGCCGACCAGGUGGUGGCCGAGGCGGUGCUCACCUUCUUCACGAACUUCGCCAAGACGGGCAAUCCCAACGAGCCGCACGCCAUCGAGUCGGUCGACUACGGCACCGUCAAGGAGAAGACGCGCUAUCGAGGCCUCACUUGGGACAAGUACGAGACCAACACGCAGCAGUACCUCAUGAUCGCUCUGAAACCAAAGAUGAAAAAUCACUACCGCGGUCACAAGAUGGCCGUGUGGCUGAAUCUCAUACCGCAGCUGCAUCAACCGGGCGACGACGUGUCGAUGCGCCACCACCACUUCCGCGAGAAGGGCGAUCUGCUGUACUCGGGGCCGGUGCGCGACGAAUGGUACACUCCGCUGGCGCUGCCCGGCGCGGCCUACGCCUCGUCGACUCGUUACGGCCAGUCGCAGAGCUCGCAGACCUCGAGCACCUCGUGCGCCACCACGGGCGAGAACGGCGAGCUGCUGCUGGCCGCCGCCCCGUCGGAGGAUAGCAGCAGCAGCAGCCCGCGACUCCUCGAGGAGGGCAAGGACGGCGCCGAGCUGCUGCAGCGGCUCGCCUCCAAGCACUACUACAGCACGACCACUGCCCUGGCCAUCACCGUCGGCGUGGGCUGCAUCCUCCUCGUGCUCAACAUGCUCAUAUUCGCCGGCAUCUAUUACCAGCGCGACCGGGACAAGAAGCGAGCUCUGGCCGCGUGCAAGGCCGCCGCCACCGCCAACCCGACCAAUUCCAACGGCCAGGACAUGCAGAGCCUCGCCAUGCCCAUGAUGAACGAUCAUCGAUCGCCCAAGGAUCCGCGUCAUCGGCUGUCCGUGACGACGGACCUGCCGCCGUGUUACACGACGCUGCCCAAGAGUCCGUCGUCGAUUCAGGAUCACAUGCAGGAUCCGCACCCGAUGCAGGCCAGUCGCCUGGCGACGUUGCCGCGCGGCCCCAAGGAGCAGCAUCCGCCGAGGCCGCCGCAAAGGACCUCCAGCUCGCUGACCACCUCUGUGGCCUCGGGCACACUGAGCAGUGGCGUUAAGAAACGCGUGCAAAUCCAAGAGAUCACGGUAUAG